ACAAUGAUCCAUGACCUUCACCUUAUACAGCCGGCGAGUUUGGCCUUCCUUUUCAAUAAUUCCUGCAUACCAAUAUUAUGCAAUAAUGACGAAACUACAUCUGUUUUCCACAUUGCCUCGCUGUUGCCCAACGUUGUGCUUACACGUACCAUCACACGUGCUACCGGGCACGAGUCAGAACGAACAGGCACAAGCCAUGCUCUAAGGGAGGCUGCAUAUUAUCCGUGAAUGUUUGGAAGACUGGAAACCAGCGACAUAUUCUGAUUCAGAAGAUGAUCGCAAUUUUUCUGGGCGUUGUGGUGGGCGUACUGACAGUUAUCUCCCUUAUUCUGAAAUACCUAGAUGGCAGACGGUACCUUCAGAUUCCCGCCGCGCCUUGUCGUCUACCGUUUUUAGGGAAUGCAAUCACUAUGGACAUGUCCCGUGCACACUUGGUAUUGACUGAACUGGCGCAACAGCUCGGUCCAAUAUUCCGCGUCAGGAUUUUUCAAGAAGAAAUCGUCGUUCUGAAUGAUUAUGACACAAUCACAGAGGCUCUCGUCACAAACGGCCCAGACUUCGCGGGCCGCCCUCCGAUGUCAAGGACACAAGAGGCAGGUAGAUCGUCCCACUCUAUCGUCUGGCAGACGUACACCCCAAAGCUUGUAUUCCUGCGUAAAGAAGUGCACAAGUGUCUCAAGAUGUAUGGGUCUGGUUUCGAGAAACUGGAGGAAAAGUGUGCCCCUGAAAUAGCCCAUCUGUUGGACGUCAUCACAAAGACAGAAGGCCAGCCAUUUGACCCACGUGAUAGUGUCUAUGACGCGGUAUCCUGCAUCAUGCUUAGUUUGAUUCUAGGGACAUCAAACAAGUUGUCAGUCCCAUGUCGACGGAAGCUCCAAGAGAUAAAUUUCCUGUUUAACACAACAUUCGGUUCGGGUAGCGCUCGGUGGAUGGACUUAUUACCCUUGGCAAAGGUUUUCCGGUUUGGCGAACAUAAGAUUCUCCAAAAGGCCUUAAAAUUGAGGGAUGAUUUCUGGAAUAACGACAUAACAUUGCAGGCAACGGAUCAAGGUGUUGUAAGACGGAUGUUAUUCUUCGCGCAGAACAAGAAUGAGUAUGAAUUUGACAUUUCCGAGAACACAGCAAAAGAAGUGUUUACAAAUCUGAUUUUAGCAGGGACCGACACGACCUCAACUUCCCUCACCUGUCUCCUCCUGUUCCUUCUUCAUCACCCGGAUGUACAGACCAAGCUGCACGCAGAGCUGAUGGAGGUUGUGGGGUCAACGCGUCUGCCCAGUCUGUCGGACAAACAGAACAUGCCCUACACACAGGCCACACUCUGGGAGCUGUUAAGAAUCAUUGGCCAUGUUCCCCUGGCUGUUCCACACUACACCCUUUCAGAUACAAGCAUACAGGGCAAACUUGUUCCUGCAAAUACCACGGUAUACAUUAACCUAUGGGCCCUGCUACAUGACGACACCUUCUGGGAGAGUCCGUGGGAUUUCCGCCCUGAGAGGUUCCUAGAUAGCAGCAAUAGGCUCCUGCCGCCCAGUCAUCCAGUCAGACGCAGAAUGCUAGCAUUUGGAGCUGGUCGUCGGGUUUGUCUAGGAGAAGCCAUGGCCAAGAACAGACUCUUCUUGUUAGUGACAGCGCUGAUCCAGAACUUCGUGUUUGAACCUGUAGAGGGCGAGUUGUUGCCAGAUGCCGACCCUCGCACCUUUGACAUGGGGCUGGUGCUUCACCCGCAUAAGUUCAAGUUGUGUGCUGAGUCAAGACAUUCCUCGCCUCUAUAUACACAGAAAGUCAGACAGCAGUCUCAUCUCUGAUGAACAUAUCAAUGGACAAACUACACGUCGGAGGCUGUAGAAGUGUAGUGUUCAAAAUGUAUGAAACAAGGGAAAGUAAUAGAAAAACCUGUUAUUUA